UAUCUGCCCAAAAAGAAUCCGAGUGUUGACUCUGGCGUGUGUUUGCAGCCCGUGGCGACCGGCCUGGACGUGUUUGAGGGCCGGCCGAAGCUGACGGCGUGGAGAGAGCGCGUGAAGAAGGCGCUCGGCGAGAAGCUGUUUGACGAGGCUCACGAGGUGAUCAUGGCGGUGAGCAGCCUGCCGCAGAAGAUGCAGAGCAGCAGCGAGCUGGAGAUGCUCAAACCAAAGUUUCGUAAGAUUUUCAGCUGAAGACGUUUCUGUGGACAAACGUGACUGUCGGCGAUGUCGAAAAAUGAUCCCAGACGGUUUUUAAUUUCAUGGUUUUAUUGUGAUUUUUUUACCAGCAGAAUUCCUGCAGGUUUGUCAUCAAGUGCCGAGAAAUCGUUUAACGAGCUUCCAGC